AUGGCAACGGCCAACUUCCGCAAGAUCCAGAUAGGGAUUUACGUGGAGAUCAAGCGCGAUGGCCGAAUACACCAAGCAAUGGUAACAUCUUUAAACGAAGAUAAUGAAAGUGUAACUGUUGAAUGGAUAGAAAAUGGAGAUACGAAAGGGAAAGAGAUUGAUCUGGAGAGCAUCUUUUCACUUAACCCCGACCUUGUACCUGAUGAAGAAAUUGAACCCAGUCCAGAAAUACCUCCACCUUCAACAUCUUCAGCCAAAGUAAACAAAAUUGUAAAGAAUCGACGAACUGUGGCAUCUAUUAAGAAUGACCCUCCUCCAAGAGAUAAUAGAGUGGUUGGUUCUGCACGUGCACGGCCUAGUCAACUUCCUGAACAGUCUUCCUCUGCACAACAGAAUGGUAGUGUUUCAGAUAUAUCUCCAGUUCAAGCUGCAAAAAAGGAAUUUGGACCUCCUUCACGUAGAAAAUCUAAUUGUGUGAAAGAAGUGGAAAAACUACAAGAAAAACGAGAAAAAAGGAGAUUGCAACAGCAAGAACUUAGAGAAAAAAGAGCCCAGGAUGUUGAUGCUACAAAUCCAAAUUAUGAAAUUAUGUGUAUGAUCAGAGACUUUAGAGGAAGUUUGGAUUAUAGACCAUUAACAACAGCCGAUCCUAUUGAUGAACAUAGAAUAUGUGUUUGUGUAAGAAAACGACCACUCAAUAAAAAAGAAACUCAGAUGAAAGAUCUUGAUAUAAUCACAAUCCCCAGUAAAGAUGUUGUGAUGGUACAUGAACCCAAACAAAAAGUAGAUUUAACAAGGUACCUAGAAAACCAAACGUUUCGUUUUGAUUAUGCCUUUGAUGACUCAGCUCCUAAUGAAAUGGUUUACAGGUUUACUGCUAGACCACUAGUCGAAACUAUAUUUGAAAGGGGAAUGGCUACAUGCUUUGCUUAUGGGCAGACUGGAAGUGGAAAAACUCAUACUAUGGGUGGUGACUUUUCAGGAAAGAACCAAGAUUGUUCUAAAGGAAUUUAUGCAUUAGCAGCUCGAGAUGUCUUUUUAAUGCUAAAGAAGCCAAACUAUAAGAAGCUAGAACUUCAAGUAUAUGCAACCUUUUUUGAAAUUUAUAGUGGAAAGGUAUUUGACUUGCUAAAUAGGAAAACAAAAUUAAGAGUUCUAGAAGAUGGAAAACAGGAGGUUCAAGUGGUGGGAUUACAGGAACGGGAGGUCAAAUGUGUUGAAGAUGUACUGAAACUCAUUGAUAUAGGCAACAGUUGCAGAACAUCUGGUCAAACUUCGGCAAAUGCACAUUCAUCUCGGAGCCAUGCAGUGUUUCAGAUUAUUUUUCGAAGGAAAGGAAAACUACACGGCAAGUUUUCUCUCAUUGAUUUGGCUGGAAAUGAAAGAGGAGCUGAUACUUCCAGUGCAGACAGACAAACUAGGCUUGAAGGUGCUGAAAUUAAUAAAAGCCUUUUAGCACUCAAGGAGUGCAUCAGAGCCUUAGGUAGAAAUAAACCUCAUACUCCUUUCCGAGCAAGUAAACUCACUCAGGUGUUAAGAGAUUCAUUCAUAGGUGAAAACUCUCGUACCUGCAUGAUUGCCACAAUAUCUCCAGGAAUGGCAUCCUGUGAAAAUACUCUUAAUACAUUAAGAUACGCAAAUAGGGUGAAAGAAUUGACUGUUGAUCCAACUGCGGUUGGUGAUGUCCGUCCAGUAAUGCACCAUCCGCCAAACCAGAUCGAUGACAUAGAGACACAGUGGAGUGUGGGAAGUUCCCCUCAGAGAGAUGAUCUAAAACUUCUUUGUGAACAAAAUGAAGAAGAAGUUUCUCCACAAUUGUUUACUUUCCAUGAAGCUGUCUCACAAAUGGUAGAAAUGGAAGAACAGGUUGUAGAAGAUCACAGGGCAGUGUUCCAGGAAUCAAUUCGAUGGUUAGAAGAUGAAAAGGCUCUCCUAGAGAUGACUGAAGAAGUAGAUUAUGAUGUAGAUUCAUAUGCUACACAACUUGAAGCGAUACUUGAGCGAAAAAUAGACAUUUUAACUGAGCUGCGGGAUAAAGUGAAAUCUUUUCGAGCAGCUCUACAAAAAGAAGAACAAGCCAGUAAGCAAAUUAACCCCAAGAGACCCCAUGCCCUUUAAAUUGGUAUUCGCUGCUAAAGGAUCCCCAGAACCCUCACUACUUACUGUAACAUAAAAUGGUUCAGCUGUAAGGGCCAUUUGAAAGUUUGAAAUUUUAAGUGUCUGUGGAAAAUGUCUUGUCCUUCACCUGAAUGACAUUUCAAUUUUGUGAAA